AGGCACUUUUCGUUUAAAAUCAACAGAACAACAACACUGUCAUCACUUUCUCCUCUCUGAAAUUCAAUUCAACUGCUUCUUCUUCCUUCAACAAACCCUAACCCUAAAUCAAAAUCAAUCGCUAAUUUCGCUCUCUUCUUUCUCUUUCAAUGGCUAGCGCUAAUGUUCAAACUGAAGCUUCUCAAAGCAACAUUGCUCCUUCAAUGCAACCUCUCCCUCCUCCUAAAACCGUUGACACUCAAUCUGUUCUCAAAAGGUUGCAGUCUGAAUUGAUGGCUUUGAUGAUGAGUGGAGAUUCUGGUAUAUCUGCUUUCCCUGAAGAGGACAAUAUACUGUGCUGGAAAGGAACAAUAGCAGGAAGCAAAGACACUGUCUUUGAAGGAACAGAAUACAGAUUGUCACUUUCAUUUCCCAAUGAGUAUCCUUUUAAGGCCCCAAAGGUCAAAUUUGACACCACAUGCUUCCACCCCAAUGUUGAUUUGCAUGGCAAUAUUUGCUUGGACAUUCUUCAGGAUAAAUGGUCAUCUGCUUAUGAUGUUAGAACAAUUCUUUUGUCAAUUCAAAGCCUGCUAGGAGAGCCAAACAUUAGCUCGCCGCUAAAUCCACAAGCAGCUCAGCUUUGGAGCAACCAAGAAGAGUACAGGAAGAUGGUGGAGAAGUUGUACAAAGAUCCUGCUGCUUAACUUUUGAUCUCGGAGUUCAUUGAUUUCUCUUCUCUAUGUCUGGUUGUUGAUCUGCUUUGGAAAAGAGAAGGGAUGAAAUUUUUAAAGCUUGUUUCAUCCUUUCCUUUUCAAUUUUCAAAUGGGGCUUUGGAAUUUCUAUACAUGAUUGUUUCUCUCUUUUGUUGAGAAUUAGUUAAAAGUUAAAACAUUGUCAUAGAUUAUUUUAUUCUUCUUUGGAGCUUUGGGGGUACUUUGUACAAGAUUAUGAGAUUCAACAAUCAAAUUACUUUGUGCAAGAUUAUUUGAUUACACAAUAAAAUUUGUUUUCCUUUUAUUUUA